AUGAUAGCUGACUUAGCAAAUAUACUUGAUACACAGUAUCUGUCCAACAGAGAUUUCUCGCGCUGGUCGCAUAAAGAUGGGUAUUAUGCACUUUGUCGUAUAGAACGCAAAGCUAUACACAUUUCGACUUUUGAGGAGAUUUGGAAAAAGUCCCUUGCAACAAAGAAACUGUCACCUCAAUUAGUCUCAUUGCUUAAAAGUCGAAGGAAAGCGACGGCCAUGGACAAAAGCCGGCUGAGAAAAGAAUUUCUGGAUGAAACCGCAAUAGACAGUUUGGAAGAAGACGCGGGAGCCACAUUAUUAAAGUCAGGCAUGCAAUACGAUACUAGAAGAACCAAAGCCCGAUUGGAGAGUGGCGUAAAACGUCGUAAACGGAAUGAUGAUGUAACAGACGAAGAGGAGUAUUGUGAAGAAGAAGAGCCAGAAGAACAGUUCAGUGAUGAUGCAGUGGAAGAAACACAAUCACAACCACAAUCACGAUUAGAGAACAUUCGCAAGUGGUCAUUUACUGCAACCAACGAUUUGCAUCUACUUCCCUUUUCUUAUGAGUCUUCAUCCAGUAUAAUUUUAACAAUGGAAAAAUAUUGUAAAAAACAGACAACUUCGAAAUUUGAAGAUUUCAAGCCAGAAAUAUGGGCAGAGCUUAUAGCUGACAGACCUGCUACAGCAAAACCUGAAUAUCAUAAGGAAAUUGAAUUCGUUUGUGAUCAUCUGUUUGGUCCUCCUAAUAAAAAGAAACGAUGGAAACUUAAUGAAUAUCGUAAAAGAUGGGAAAGUUUAAGAAAUCUAGAAGUACCAGAAUAUGAUGAUAAUACUCCUUAUGAAAAAGAAGAUUGGAAAAGGAUUUUCUAUUGGGCAGAUCGUGCUGUUGGAUCAUUUCUUGAUGCUUUUGAAUCUGAGCAUAACCCUAUACAGCAAAAUGAUUGUGGAGAAAGGGAAUGGUUUGGAGGUUAUAUAGUUCCUAUAUUUCAAGGUGCCUUGAAAUUAAACACUUUUUGUCAUGUUCCUUGGGGAGAAGUUACAGUAAUUGCAACUUAUCGAAGAAAGAACCAUGACAAAAAUGCAUUAGAAUACAAGCUUGAUCGGGGUCAUCUAGCAGAUUUAUUAUGUAAAAUCAGCCAAGAAGAAGUUGUUUGUGCUUUGGCUUGUGGGGGACCUCAUAAAUAUGACCUUACAAAGUGGGAAUCUGAUGAAUAUCAUCUUCCAAGGAUGCUUAAAGAUACAUUAGACAACUUGCUGGGAAAUUUUCGAAAUAGAAAUAGACACACAUCAGAUCUCUAUACUAUUGGAAUUCAGCAAUAUAUGACGGAAAUCCGAAUAUACAUGAUGGAAAAACGUGACGUAUAUAGACUCCACCUCUUAAAAUCAUUCCAUCUACCUCUGUCUCAUGCGUCGUAUGGCAACUUACGUGUUGCUCUUUCAUGGGCAUGGAACAUAAAGGGUCUUGUUGAACGCCUAUCAUUUGAAUUGGAAGAUGAAAUGAUUGUUUCCUCCAAAACUCCUGAACGCGAUCCGCCUGACGAAAUGAAGACUGAUAAAACACCGGAGAGAUCCAAAAAGAAAAAGGUUUGA